AUGACAGACGCGCUCCGUACUAUUGCGGUAAUGCAGAAUGAAAUGGAUCUCUCCGUCCUUUCCAAUCAAAUGCUUGAAUCAUCGGCAGCUUCCCUCCGCACAACCUCGUCUCAACACGAUCAACUCUCCAGCUACAUGACCACCUCUAAGCACCUCGUCACCGCCUUGAGGAAUCUCACGGGCUUGACUGUGUUAUAA